AUGUCGGAAGCGUCCCGACUAUUCGACCCGCUGGGGCUAGUAGGUCCUGUCAUCGUUCAAGCAAAGAUUUUCCUGCAGGAGCUCUGGAAACAUGACUGCGAGUGGGACGAUCCUUUGAACGUACAAUUACAAGAGCAGUGGCGUGAGUACAGGCGGAACUUGGUAGGUCUAGCCGAAAACGCUGUCCCGCGGUGGGUAGGUACUAGUGACAGCAACAAGUUCGUUGAGCUCCACGGCUUCUGCGACGCUUCAAUUAAGGCCUAUGGUGCUUGCAUAUACAUCCGCACUAUAGCAGCAGACGGAAGCGUACACGUACAUCUGCUGACCUCCAAAUCGCGAGUAGCUCCGCUCGAGAAUUUGAAGAAAAACAAGAAGUCACUGUCCAUUCCCCGUCUAGAACUGUCGUCGGCGCUACUACUGGCUCACCUGUACGAAAAGGUCACCAAAAACAUCCACAUUGUCGCUAGGUGCUACUUCUGGACCGAUUCAACUAUUGUCGUAUGUUGGCUGUCAUCGUCGCCAUCAAGAUGGAAGCAGUUCGUAGCAAAUCGCGUCUCCGAAAUCCAGCACGUUACGAAAGGGAGUGACUGGAACCACGUUGCUGGAGAAGACAAUCCUGCGGACAUAAUUUCCCGUGGCAUGUCGCCGACACAACUACAAUACGAAUCGCGCUGGUUCCACGGACCGAAUUGGCUAAUGCUGGAUCGGCAAUACUGGCCCGAUUCCAAGAAAAUCGACGAAAGCAGCAUCGCCAAGGCAGAUUUAGAAGAAAAAGCUGUCGUCGCUGUCCUUCCUGCUAUUACACCAAGCGAGAUAUUCGGUCUCCGUUCAUCGCUAGUAGAUCUGGUUCGGCUAACAGUCUACUUCCGUCGAUUUAAAUGGAAUUCAUCACCAGCAAACCGAUCAGAUAAGAAAGUCGGGCACAUUACUUCCCAGGAGUACAACGAAGCGCUCAAGGUGUUAGUGAAGCAAUGUCAGCGAGAAAGUUUCCCACGGGAGUUUGCAGACAUCGCCAAGUACGGUCAGGUUCAAGAUUCAUCCAGAAUUGCUGGACUAAACCCGCAACUUCUCUACGGUAUGUUGUGUGUUGGCGGCCGGUUGAAAAAUGCAGCUGUAUCAGACAGUCGGAAACAUCCGUACAUUCUUGAUCACCAUCACCCCUUCACAAGACUCAUAGUAGUUUACUAUCAUCGAAAAUACUUUCACGCUGGUCAGCAGCAGAUUGUUUCGGCUGUUCGAGAACAGUUCUGGCCCACGAGUGUCAAGAACCUUGUAAGACAGGUGGUUCAUGAAUGUGUCCAGUGCUUCCGUGUGAAGCCUAAAAUUCAGGACCAACUAAUGGCUGAUUUACCUCCAGAGCGUGUGCGGCCAUGUUCCCCUUUUCAAAAGGUCGAAGUCGACUACUGUGGUCCCUUCUAUGUGUUCUAUCCGCAACGGCGAGCCCGAGCAAUCAAGUGUUUCGUGGCAGUGUAUGUAUGCUUAGCUACCAAGGCAGUACACUUGGAACUAGCAGCGGAUCUGUCAACACAGGCGUUCUUAGCAACGUUACAGCGAUUUACGUCACGCCGUGGAAAACCAUCGUUAAUUAUGUGUGACAACGCAACAAAUUUCGUUGGCGCCAGGCGGAAGCUGGAUGAGCUUGCCCAGCUGUUCACUAGCCAACAACUCUCGGAAGCAGUCUUACACCAAACAGCAGAGGACUGA